AUGGAUCUGCUCUCGACGGUACGAAAGUCGGGCUCCCGCGGUGGUGUCAACUUCAGCUGGGACGAAGUCGCCAACUCAUCCCACCGCGAGAAUUACCUCGGCCACAGCCUCAAGGCCCCCGUUGGGCGAUGGCAGCAGGGCCGCGACCUGAACUGGUACGCCAACUCGGAUUCCACAGCACCCAAAACGGACGAGACAGAUGCAGAGCGUGCCGAGAGAGAGCGAAAGGAAGAACUUCGCAAAGUGAAAGAGGCGGAAGAGGAUGCGAUGGCACAGGCGCUUGGAUUGCCUCCGCCCAAACGAGAUACGACAGGAGCCAACUCGGUCGAGGUUGGGACACAGAGGCAGCUCGGCCCGAAUCCCACACCUACAGAAGAACCAAAGGAAUCUUCGCGGCACAUGAAGAUCCUGAACGGAGGCGCCAUCGGAGCAGAGACAGGCGACGACAUAGAGAUAGGAGCGGGGAGAGACGGCACAGGGACCGAAGCGGAGAGAGACAGCACAGGGAUCGAAGCGGAGAGAGGCGGCACAGAGAUCGUGAUGGGGAGAGACGGCAUAGAGAUAGAAGCGGGGAGAGGAGGUAUCGCGACGAAGGGAGGCAACACCGUGGCGAGCUCCGAUCUCGAAAUGAAGAAGGAGAAAGGAGGCACAGAAGUAGGAGCAGAGACCGACGCCGUCGGCCAUCACCAUCAGGGCGAGACAGGAGUUUAA